AACGGUCAAUUGUGUCAACCAGCAAAGGGAAAGAAAUCAAUUUAAAAAUGAACAGAGACCUAUUCGCUCGGCUAUUGAUGAUAGCUAAGACCCGUGAAAUUGACAUUGCAAAUGUUUUGUCGUACAGUCUUGGCACGUACCCGCUUUCCUUGGCAACCACUUCUGGAAGUCUUGUUAAAACAACCAAAUCCAAGUUAUUUGAAAUUUUUGAAGGUGACCACCUCACGUGCAAGUUUAAUGGAGAACACUGUGAUAACAAUGCACUCAUUGUCGAUGCCAUGGCUCUUAUCCAAACAAUGAAGAGCAAAUGGAAAACGUUUGGAGAAUUCUGCGAUGCUAUUUUUAAUAACGUAUUAAAGUUGGCCAAAGACUGGAAGGCAACAAGAGUUGACUUUGUUGCGGAUAGAUACCUUCCCACAAGUAUAAAGGAAUCGGAAAGGAACAGAAGAUCCGAAAACACUGGAAUUCAGAAAAUUCGUGUAUUCGACAAAAACCAACAUGUUCCAAAGCAGUGGAAAAAGUUUCUUGCUCUGGGCGAAAACAAAGAGUCUUUGAUCCAGUUUCUUUGUGAACACUGGGGCAAUUACGUAUCAUCUUGUCUCGGACAUCUGUCAUCGUUGUAUGUAACGUCGAAGGAUAAAUGCUAUUGCAUUACUCGAGCUAGAUCAGAUGAGGAUAAAGUGGAAUGCAAUGAAAUGUAUGAAUUGGAGUGUAAUCACGAGGAAGCUGACACUCGGCUCUUACUACAUGCAAAUCAUGCUAAAGAAACCAACGAAAGAAUCAUAAUCAAAAGCCAAGAUACAGACGUUUUUGUGUUGUCGAUCGCCAUGCAACGAAUUAUUAACAAAGAAAUAUGCUUCAUGACUGGAACAGGAAAUAACUUCCGCUUGAUUUCUAUACAAACUAUUGUAGAAGAAAGUGAUGAAAAUCUUAGUCAAAGCUUGCUAGGUUUCCAUGCCUUUACUGGAUGUGACACCACCAGUUCUUUUAUGGAAAGGGCAAAAGACAGCGUGGAACAUUCUUCUACAUUUGUUUGUUUAUUGUACGGUGACAAGGAUUCUGAGGACGUCAACAAAUGUCGGCUCUCAUUGUUCAAGGCAGGAAAAUGUUCAGAUGAGCAACUACCACCAACUUGUGACAGUUUGCUGCAACAUAUUCGUCGGUCAAACUACCAAGCGGCGAUUUGGCGUUCCUGUUUACAACCUCAAAUGGAUAUUCCUCCUCCGGAUGAAAAUGGGUGGAAAACAAUUGACGGAAACUGCAAAUCGUAUGGAUGA